GAGAGGAGAAACGAUGGAGAUUGGAUGAUCGCGUAAAAACUUCACUAUCACGAAUGGAGACUUAUUUAAAGUGUCCUUCAAAGCAACGAGAAACUGGAGAAACGUUCAAUGUGUAUCCCAAAAAUACCGUUCGACAUGCGCCAAGAAACAUACAAGAUGCGGAGUCGUAUUUAAAACAAAAAGGGAUUCACGACAUCAUCGAUUCUCUGCUCGGCGAGCUUCUGCUACUUCGACCCUAUGAUCCUUAUGAAUACUUGAUUCAACUCCUAGAUAGACGUAUUUUGACUCGUGAUGGCCUCAUUGAUUCUCCUCCUCCUUUCUGCUCCCGGGAUAUAAUAAGACAGGCAAGACAAGCAAAUCUUACAUUACUGGAAUUAAUCAAUGAAGCGAAGAAAUCUUGAGCAAAAAAACGAUGCUCAUAAAAAAUAUCAAUUAUCAUCUCAAAAGUAUACCAUAUAAAACUUAUAAUGGAAUAAAAAUUUUCAUGGAUUGAAGUAUUCGAUUUUCAUCAAAAGAUUA